UAUGAAGUCCAGUCGUCAUAGCGACCACUCGGACUCCUCGGGCGGUUCCAGCCCCACCCAGUCCCGGGGGGAGAGCCCCCCUAAGACGGUAAAAUUUGUCGACGAAAACACAAUAGAGAGACACCAGAGAAGGAAACAGAUAGAGCAGGAUAAUAUACUGGAGACUAUAAUAUCAGAGGAUGAGCUGGAGGUGGAGUCAAAAAGAGGAAACAAUGACGAUUCAUCAAGUUUACCGACAGUCAUAUCUCCAACACUAGAAGAAGCACAGCAACUGUCAAUGCUAUGGACAGGAGUGUGGAGCACAUUAAAGCAAAGGAAGCAGGCACUUGAGUCGGUCCAAGACAUUUGGUCUGGCUUUGAGUCAAAGAAGAUUAUGUGUGAGAAGUUCCUGGAGAGAUCAGAAGUGAUCCUAGUCGACAUGUAUGCUGGACUGAAGAAAGCAUUAACAGUUGAAGCACUGCAGAAAGAAAUGAUAGAAUUGAAGAGUUUGUGUGAAGAGACUGCUUUGUAUCAAAGCAAGAUAGGGACUCUCAACGACUUAACGACUGAUUUGAUACAGAGACACAGAUCAAGUGAUAACGUUGAACCGCUUCAGGAAUCAAUGACCACGCUCAACGUGAAAUGGAAGAAAGUUAACGAAUG